GGCGUGGUUACGCGUCCGGGGCGGGCCUUGGAGGACCCGCCGAGACUAAGUUUCUGGGCCAGUUAGCGGUGAGUUCCUUGGCACCGGGUGGAGCGCAGUGACCAAACCCGACGGAUUCCAAGUGGGGCGUGGGCCAGAGGCGGGGCUCCGGGGGACUGGCGGGCAUUGCUUUGGCGGACCGCGCGCGUAGCGGACAUGGCGAGUUCCCGGGUCCCUCAGCAGCUUUUCCUGCAGGGUGUGGCCGCUGUCUACACGUUUGCCUUUGCGUCCCUCUACACCCAGAUCCCAGGCCUCUAUGGCCCCGAGGGCAUCCUUCCUGCUCGGAGAACACUGCGGCCCCAAGGCAAAGGUCGGUGGCAGCAGCUGUGGGAAACACCGACGCUGCUAUGGGAGGCACCAAGACUGGGUUUGGAUACUGCCCAGGGUCUGGAUCUACUGACCCUGCUGGGCACCGUGCUAGGGCUGGGUGCCCUGCUCCUGAAUUCUAUGCGACAUCCGUUCAUCUACCUGCUGCUCUGGGCUGCCUACCUGUCAGUCUGCCAGGUGGGCCAAGUGUUCCUUUAUUUCCAGUGGGAUUCCCUGCUGCUGGAGACAGGCUUCCUGGCUAUACUAGUAGCCCCACUGAAGAAGCCUUCCAACCACAAGGCCCCCCAGGGUGGAUUAGCAGGGGCCUUACCCCUUGAAAACCUCCGGUUCUGGCUCGUGCGCUGGCUGCUGUUUCGACUCAUGUUUGCCUCUGGUGUGGUCAAGCUGACCAGCCGCUGCCCUGCGUGGUGGGGACUCACUGCUCUCACCUACCACUAUGAGACGCAGUGUCUGCCCACACCGGCUGCCUGGUUUGCCCACCACCUGCCAGUCUGGCUGCACAAGCUCAGUGUGGUGGCCACCUUCCUCAUCGAGAUUGCUGUGCCCCCUCUGUUCUUUGCCCCUGUUCGCCGCCUGCGACUGACUGCCUUCUAUGCUCAGGUAUUAUUACAAGUCCUGAUUAUCAUCACCGGCAACUACAAUUUCUUUAACCUGCUAACCUUGGUGCUUACCACGUCCCUCCUGGAUGACCGUCACCUGUCGGCUGAGCCUGGCCUCAAAUGCCCCAAGAAGAUGCCCAACUCCUGGCCCAAGACCCUGCUGACCAUGCUGUCCCUACUGCUGGAACUGACUGUCUAUGGGCUGCUGGCCUAUGGCACCGUGCACUACUUUGGCCUGGAGGUUGACUGGCAGCAGCAUAUUGUCCUCUCUAAAACCACCUUCACCUUUCACCAGUUCUCCCAGUGGCUGAAGAUGGUAACUCUGCCCACUGUGUGGCUCGGGGCAGCCUCCCUGGCCUGGGAGUUGCUUGUUGCCCUCUGGAGGUGGAUCCAGGUGCAGGGAUGGCUACGGAAGUUCUUUGCCAGCAUCCAGCUCUCCAUCCUGGGCACUGCCACCGUGGUCUUGUUCUUGAUCAGCCUAGUACCUUACUCCUAUAUGGAGCCUGGGACCCAUGGGCGUCUCUGGACUGGGGCUCAUCGCCUGUACAGUUCUGUGGAGCAUCUGCAGCUGGCCAGCUCAUAUGGCCUCUUCCGUCGGAUGACUGGUCUGGGUGGACGACCCGAAGUGGUGCUGGAGGGCAGCUAUGAUGGACACCAUUGGACAGAGAUAGAAUUCAUGUACAAACCUGGGAAUGUGAGCCGACCACCCCCUAUCCUGAUACCCCACCAGCCACGCCUUGAUUGGCAGAUGUGGUUUGCAGCCCUUGGCCCACAUACACAGAGCCCCUGGUUCACCAGCCUGGUGCUACGUCUCCUGCAGGGCAAGGAGCCAGUGAUCCGCCUGGUCCAGAACCAUGUUGCCCAGUACCCCUUUCAUGAGCAGCCACCCACCUACCUGCGGGCCCAGCACUAUAAGUACUGGUUCUCAAAGCCUGGGGAGCAGAGCCAGUGGUGGCACCGUCAGUGGGUAGAGGAAUUCUUCCCAGCUGUAUCCCUGGGGGACCCAAAGCUGGAAACACUGCUCCAACAGUUUGGACUUCAGGAUAAGAGUCCACUCCGGACCCGCAGCCCCAGCAAUGCUCUAGCUCAGACACUGAACUGGGUGCGGACACAGCUGUCUCCUCUGGAGCCUCCCAUCCUGCUCUGGGGGCUCUUGGGGGCUGUGGUGACUAUCAGAGUCAUACAGACCCUACUUGCCCCCUGCCCACUCCAGUCCUCAAAACUGUCUAGAGAGGAAAAACGGAAGCAGGCUCCCAGAAAGGAUGCCAAAGCUGCCGCUGAGCAGGCUGCCCCAGCCCCCAACAGCAACAGCAGUGACUCCGGGGUCUCCCGGAGGAAAAAAUAGCUUCGUGUGCCAUCAGCCAGCCACAUGUCCUGAUGGAGUCAGAUCCCCGGAAUUCCAGCCCACAUCAUGACACAGCCCCGUCACUGUGCCUUAGGCAGUCUUGCCAGGGUAGAUGCAGCUUGGAAUGCCACCCCUGAGGACUGUUGGUGAUACCUUGAGCCCUACUAAGUCCCUCUGCACCAACCACAUCCUCCUCUAAGUCACUUUCCACUGUAUUGGCAACCAGACCAGAAGUGGGCAUGUGGCCUCAUUCAGGACUUCCCUGGGACAUUGUAAUCAGUGUACCCGUGGAUGCAGAGGCCAGAGUCUGGAGCCCCUAUCCAGCCCCACUGUGGAGGGGAUCAGCUGGAUUUGCUGAGACUAGGAGCAAAGGGAAGCGGAACCACGUGAUGGUGCCUACCUGCCCCUCAGACUGUACCAAUAAAGGCACCGUUUAUACAUCCCCCUUUGCUGGUGGUUUCUUCCUUCUAGAGAGACCUGAGGACAAUUGGCACAGCCUAGACUGGUGGGCUCCCUCCUUGUCACUCAGUUUUCUCCAUAAAAUAAACGAAAAGGCCCGGUUGUAAGAAGCCUCGGUGUGGCCCAGCCUGGCAGACCCGUACAACGAGGGCUGUGAGACCAAUGGAGGAAGAUGAAACUAGAACCACCCAAGGACCGGGGAAACUUUCCAGAACACAUCCCUCUCUCCACCUCCUACUUUACUUCCUGGUCUUCAGAAAGGUCAGAGUGUAAAAAGGAUAAAAGAGGGGACUGGUACUAGAUGGUUCUGUUAGCAGAGGUGCCAGACCUUGGAUGGAAUAAUAAAGAAGCAUGUGGUCGCCCUCA